AUGUCUAUGUCGUUUUAUGUGCUAUUCCCACGAUAUUCUAUCUUUUCGCCAUUUUUCUUCAGAAUUUGUUUUCCUAUAACAACCUUUAUUUCCACCUCCUUUCUUUCUUUAUUUGUGGAUAAAGUUUCCUUUCUAGUUUUUAGCAUUUUCUAUUCUAUCCAUAUUAACCGACUCUUAUGUCUCUUGAAUCUGCUUUCCAAGAUUAUCUAUUUGUAUUUUUGUUGCUACUGUCUCUCUUUUUAUCUGUUCUUUUUUUAUAUAUCUUCUCUCGCCCUUCCACUCCUCUUUCUUUUACUAACUUCUUGCUUCCUCCCCCCUUCUCCCGCCUCUCUCUCUCUCUCUCUCUCUCUCUCUCACUCUCUCUCUUCUUCCCCAUUCCCACUCUUUCAAAACUUUGUCUCGCUUGUUUUCUUUCUGUAUUUCUCUCUCCCCUCUCUCAUAUUUUAUUACCUGCUAUUUUUUGUUGUUGUUAAUCGAAAUCUAUUUCAUACUGGAAAGAUGAACAAUGUCAUGAGUUUUUUUUUUUUUAAUUUAACUGUCGCUUUUGUAUUCUCUCCCUUUCUCUCUUUCUCUCUCUCUCUCUUUCUCUCUUUCAUUGUCUCUUUCUCACUCAUUCUCUCUCAUUCUCUCUCUUUCUCUCUCAUUCUCUCUCUUUCUCUCUCAUUCUCUCUCUUUCUCUCUCUUUCUCUCAUUCUCUCUCUCUCUUUCUUUCUCUUUUCUUUCUCUCUCUUUCUCUCUCUCUUUCCCUCCAUCUCUCUUUAUAUAUAUCUUUCUCACUCUCUUACUGUCUAUCUCUCUUUCUUUAUAUAUCUCUUUCUCUCUCUCUCUCUUUCUUUCUCUCUCUUUCUCUCUUAUUCUCUCUCUUAUCCUCUCUCUUUCUCUGUCUCUUUCUCUCCCAUUCUCUCUCUCCUCCUCUCUCUCUUUUUUCUCUUUCUCUCUAUCUCCCCCUUUCUUUCUCUCUCAUUCUCUCUCUCCUUCUCUCUUUCUUGA